CUAAUUAAUAUUUCAUGCAUUGAUUAUACUGGUAAUCAAAAUGAAGAUAUCAGGGAUUUUGUUGCUUUUUUUCACCUUAUUCCAAGUUAUAAAAGCUGAUGAAGCAGUUCUUGAUACUGAUAAAGAAGAAGUCCGUCCAGGCAACAACUACUACAUAUUACCGGCCACCUCCGGCAAAGGUGGCGGCCUAACGCUUGCAAAAGGCGAAAACGGGAGCUGCCCUCUAGACGUUUUUCAAGAACAGAAUCCGAAAAGCGUAGGCCUUCCUAUAAAAUUCUUGAUGGUGAAUUCAGCCUCUGGGCUAAUAAUCGACAUAAAUGAGGACAUAAAUAUCAAAUUUGCAGCACCCAGGUACGUGUCGAUGUGCAAUAAAUCAAUUGUUUGGGAAGUCGAAAAAGGGUUUGUGACCACUGGUGGAACUCAGGGUGGGAUGCAUGACACGUCCUCAUGUUUAUUUACGAUUCAGAAAUAUGAAGAUGCAUAUGCGAUACAGUUUUGUCCUAGAGCUACAGGUUGCUCUUUUGUUUGUCCAAGGUUGAAGUGUGGGUACAUUGGUAUUUCACCUGCAAAUGGAGCGAGGCGUUUGGCUGUGAACGCUCCGGUUUUCAAGAUUGUGUUCAAGAAGGCCUACUAAGAUAUUUUAUUCAUAUUAAUAACAUAAUAAAUAGUGAUGUGGCUGGAUAUUGAUUGGUUAUUUUAAUUGCAUAAGAAUAAAUGCUUGAUAUGUAUUUCUUGUAGUUCAGCUUUGUGUUAUUUUUAUUACUACUAAUACAGUAUCAUGUUUUCCUUUUUUCUAA